AUGGCCCGCUCUUGGUUCCUUCGGCGUCUUGUCCCGCGCAGAAAGGAGCCGGUGGCCGACUUGGAGACUUCCAGCAGCGGCCAGGCCGUGACGCCUCCGCGGGAAGAGGGUGGGACUGCCGGCGGAGAGAGUCCCAGUCAUAGGCCGUCUGCUGUGCGACGAUUUGCUGGGCUCUUCGAGCGCGGCGGCUCGCUGCAGCCGCUUAGGCUUUUGGCGCAGGAUCUGCGAAAUGUACGGCGACGAUAUAUAUCGGAUUGGAAAGUCUUCAAUCAAUUGGUCUUUGCAAGUGCGGUCUAUGUUUUCUUCACGAACUUGCUGCCGGGGAUCACGUUUGCGAGCGAUCUCUACGUGCUCACUGGCAAAAACUGGGGGACUAUCGAGGUAGUACUGAGUACAGGCGUCUGCGGAGUUCUCUUCUCUUUAUUGUCGAUCCAACCGUUGACGAUCUUAGGUGUGACGGGCCCAUUUUCUGUGCUUGCAGAAAAUAUAUAUUCUUUGUGCGAGGAUUCUUUCAAGAUACCGUUCCUCCCGUUCAUGGCAUGGUCGCUCAUCCAUGCUGGAUGGCUUCAUAUCCUCUUGGCAGUUUUCAAUGCCCAUGACUGGACUAUGCAGUAUGUGACCACUUUUUCAACGGAGAUAUUCUCCCUCCUCAACAGUAUUAUAUACUUCCAUAAAGCCGUCCAGGAAUUGGAACGUGCUCAUGCCAAUCUUUCCUUUGCCGCAUUUCUGUACGCAGUGAUUGGCGCGAUUGGGACCAUGCUGGUGGCAAUAUUUUUGUCAACAGCGCAGCACUGGAAACCUUUAUUUCAUCGUUAUAUUCGCCUUGGAUUAUCUGAAUAUGCUGCCGCUAUAUCGAUUAUAAUAUUUGUUGGAAUGCCUUAUAUUGGAGAAUUGGCGCACUUGGACAAAACUACGCUCGUUGUUUCUACCUCCUUUCGUCCCACGUCGCCGGAUCGUGAAACGUUCCUGGUCGAGUUUUGGAAAUUACCAGUUCGCUGGGUAUUUGCAGCAAUCAUACCUGCACUUAUUAUCACCAUGCUCUUUUUCUUUGAUCAUGAAAUCAGCUCUAUAAUAUGCACUAUUGAGAGAUAUGGGACGCGGAAGCCUGGCGGCUUUGCGUGGGACAUCGUGCUCCUAGGAGUUACAACGGCUCUUUGCGGUAUUCUAGGUAUUCCGCCUGCAAAUGGCUUACUGCCACAAGCUCCGCUGCAUUCAGAAUCCCUCUUGCAUACAGAAAAGGAAGAGGUAAUGACGGAAGUCGACGGAGAAACGGAGGUCCGUAUGAUCGAAAAUGACCGCGUAUAUGAACAACGAUGGUCGCAUUUUCUUCAUGCUUGUGGUAUUCUCGUCUUCAUCAGCCCGCCUCUAAUGAAAGUUCUCGGCCUAACACCCACAAGUGUUCUGGCUGGGCUGUUUCUCUUUAUGGGUGAGCAGAGCUUAUCGGUCAACCCUCUUCUUUACCGCUUCUUCCAUCUUCUAUCCUCUCCUUCCGAGCUUCCUCCCCUUCCAGCUCCGUUGUCUAACUCGUCGUACCUCCCCAUUCACCUAUAUACCAUUCUCCAGGUCGUUCUAACAACUGCAAUAUUCAUUUUAACUCUCACGAAAGGUGCACCUACAUUCCCGGUGCUGAUUAUUUUGCUCGUUCCGUUUAGACUAUUACUUAUGAACCGCUGGUGGAAAAGAGAUGUACUUCGGUUUGUUGAUGGGUGGGCAUGCAGACCAGGAACUCCAGAAGACGAUGAAGAUGCGAAAGGGAGACGUCAGGGGGUAAUAGACGAAAAAACUGAAGAGAGUCGGGAGCGUAGCCCUAAAAGAGAUGACGGCGUUUUCCAGCAGGGCUGUGAAGUCCGUAUUUCGGAUAAUGUGAAGGAAACCUAA